AACGUAACGGCCGGUCACAACAGACCGAUGUACACACACACGGUGUGCAAUACACUUCCCAUUCCGUCGUCUUCACAUGGACAUAUCGCAUGUGCUGCAACUCAGCUGACGGACAGACUGAUGAUCAACACGAGCUGAGAUUAAAAUCGUCGAGCCGCAUUAUUACCGGACCUACGUUUUGAAGAUUAUUCCGUGACUGUUAUUUUCAAAUCUUUAGACUUGCGUAGAUUUUUUCAAUUCAUUAUCGUGUUAAAGUUAUUCAAACACUAGCUCGUGUGUAUUUGAAUAAUUUUAAUCGGCGACGGUUCGUUAAAUUUAAAAUACAUUUCACUUGUGCGGCCGCAACAUGUCGAAAAAUACAUCGUUCUAGUGCAUCGACCCACGUUUAUGGCAAUAUUUGUGAAAAGAGAAAAUAUGUUCAACUGUGUCUCGCGUUAAUUAAUUUAAAAAUAGAAAAAACGCGCGGCACAUGCGCCGAGAAGAUCUAUUAUUAUACGGUCUCAGGUCGAAUUACUCGACACAGGGCGAAAAACAAUAAUCGUUCGUAUCUUCAUACAGUAUUAGCAGCAACAGCGCUGUCUUCGCCGACAGUGCGAGCUCGUUAUCAGUGUCGCGGCCGUUGUUAUCAGUGACGUUAAUUUAUUAUUUUUUUAAAGUUUAAACUUUCAAAACACACUCCGAGUGCGUUCCGUCGAACUGUGAUUGUAGUUUUCGCGUGUGUGGGUUGUGCGGAUGACCAGUUACAGUCGGUCAAGUGCAUGAGGUGGACAGCGAUGGACAGUGCGUCUGGCGGUGGCGGCCGCGACAACAGAUUCGGCAUGGGUUACGCGUCGAACAUGUCGCUGUUGGACCCGUCGGACAUUUACAACAACGGCGGAGGGACACAGCAACGUCCAUCAACAUCUAGAACUCCCCCCAUGAUGGGAUGCGGUUCUGGAAAUACUACCGGAGUGCAUCAACGGGGCAUCAAGCGCACCCUUGGCCCUGGCAGUAAUAUGUGCUAUGAUCCAAAUGAUCAUCACCGGUUAGUUGAAGACUUUUCGCCGCCUACUGCCAAGGAUGUUUCACCAUCCAAUGGCAAGAAGACAAAAGGCCGUGUAAAAAUUAAGAUGGAGUAUAUUGAAAAUAAGCUUCGUAGAUAUACAACAUUUUCCAAGAGAAAGACUGGAAUAAUGAAAAAAGCAUAUGAGCUAUCCACUUUGACUGGUACUCAAGUAAUGCUGUUAGUGGCUUCUGAAACAGGCCAUGUAUACACAUUUGCUACUCGCAAAUUACAACCCAUGAUUACAUCUGAAGCCGGUAAAGCGCUAAUUCAGACUUGUUUAAACUCACCAGAUCCAUGUCCAUCAUCGUCCGGUGCUAAUUCUGGUGAUCAAAGGAUGUCUGCUACUGGUUUUGAAGAAACAGAUUUAUCAUACAAUAUUGGAGAUGACCACGAUUCCAAAGAAACUGACGGGAUGAGCUCAAGAGCGUCAGACAGCGGCGCAGAGUCUAGUGGCUCGGAGUCACCGCCUCCGGUCGUUGUGUCGGACGCCCGGUCACCACCGUCUUCUUCUGCAGCAGUAGCAAAAGGAGCAUCAGCCGCCACAUCGUCUCCCGGGAUUUUUCGAUUGUCAUCCAGCAACGCAGAAUUAGUGUACUCGAAUUUGGCCGCCAUGGUGAACUCUUCAGAAGCAGGAUCACAGCAAGCGGCCGUUUUGUACCGUCUCGGUCAGUUGGGCAGACAGUUGCAACAGGCAUCCGGUCAACAGCAGUUCAUGUUGUCUAUGUCUAACCCUCCAGCGGCGCAUCAAACUCCCGCCGAUCUCAGCAACAAGUCUUCCCGGAACAAGCCGUCGGAAAUACAAAAUCCCUAGAGAAAAAAUGUUCAUUCAAGAGCAUACUGGACAUAUUGUCAAUUUUAGAAUAAUUGUAUUGUUUUAAAACAUAUUUAUGCAUCACUUCACUGAAAACAAGUUAUAUCAUGUUUUAUCAUAUCGAUAUAUAAAUGUAUAUUCUAACCAAGUUUUUGUGUAUAUUUAUACAAAGUAAAUCAUGAUUAUAAAUUCGUUUUUUAAAUA